AUGAAAAAAAGUUCUGUCUGCCAUCGAAACUUCUCUGUUUGCGGGAGUCCGUUUGACAACUCCAUCGCACGUGUGUAUAGACCAAGGCUAACUGGUCUUGCGGACAUAGCCAUUAUUUGUAUUCCUGUCCUGGCUGAGGACAAACUCGGCCGAGAUAACCAUCUACAAACAGCUGGCACUGCAGGUUCAUGGUGCUGGAUCAAAGUAGUCGACAGGAAAAUCCACACACAGCAAAUAGUGCUGAUGUUAAUGACCGGGAAAUUCUGGGAACUUAUGACAUACGUCCUAUCGUUUUCUGUUUACACGAUGCUGAAAAUAAAUACGUACAUCGAGAGACAAAAAGAUAAAAACAUCUGUUGGAGUGAUGUAGUUAGUGGGAAUCUAAAAAAUGAAGAUGAACGAUUCUGCUUCAUGUGGAUUAUUCUCUACUUACUUCGAAUUUGGGGAACAACAACAUUCUUCAUUGCUAUUUCUAACACAGAGUCCAAAACAGCAAUGGACGUAGACAAUAUUCUCAGUUAUUUUCAAUGUGCAGGGGACAGUGCACAAGCGCGAGGAAACUUUAUUUUGUUUUGUUUGCUUGACAAAAACAUCAGGGGGAAAUAUCGUAAAAUGAUUGGUAACUGUUGCAAUAGACAGGGAAGGUAUAAUUUGAUGAAUUCAUCAUUUUCAGGUUCAGUCAGUUAUCAAAGUAUACCGCAGACUUGA